AUGAUCUCUCGGCUUUUCUGUUUGGUGGCAAUUUUUGCCAACGCUUCGGCGGCCAGCGUUCGCAUUCAACGGCAGACAGUCGAUCAGGUAGAAAGCUCUGGAGCUCAAUUGCCCACUGCCAACUUCGAUCAAGCUGUUUUUGAGACGAAUAGCGAUGUUGAAGGCUCAGGAACUCAAUUGCAAUUUAUAAAUUUCAAUGAGAAUCCGGAUAAAUUUGAACAGAAUGUUGAUGUUGAAGGCUCCGGCGCUCAUUUGCAAUUUGUGAACUUCGAUGAAGCCGCCAAUCAGCAAGCGAUCCGCGAUCCAAAAAAAAAUUCGCCGUGUCAAAAUUCUGAAUCUUUUUUUUUGCAGGAAAACCUGACAAGCGACACGCCAUCCAACGUGCACGAGGUCACAGUAAAUCUUACCGAACGCGCCGUCAACACUCUUGUGAUCACAGUUCAUUUACCAACAAUCAGCAAUGGCCAAUUGCUCGAGGAACUCAAAAACGAGACGCUCGAUGAGACGCAUCUGCCAACGAAACUCGAGACCGCCGUAUCGCUAACGGAAAUGCUCGGCGAAUUGCUCGAACGAAUUCAGACGGCUUCAGUCGACGAGCCGACGAAACGACGAUAA